AACGUCACCGGAAGCGACGGAGAGCCGGAAGAGACACGUCCCGUUUGUCGUUUCUUUUCUGACGCUCCGCCGACAGGACUCGGCUGAAGCAGAAAAUGAUGUCGGAGCAGGAGGCGGCUCUGAAGAGCUCCAGCGCCAGAAACCGCGGAGGAGUCCAGCGAGUCGAAGGGAAACUUCGAGCAAGUGUGGAGAAGGGCGAUUAUUAUGAAGCCCAUCAGAUGUAUCGGACCUUAUUCUUUAGGUAUAUGUCACAGGCCAAGCAUGUUGAGGCUAGAGAACUGAUGUACAACGGAGCCCUACUCUUCUUCAGCUACAACCAGCAAAACAGUGCAGCUGACCUGUCCAUGCUUGUGCUCGAGUCUCUGGAGAAGUCAGAAACAAAAGUGACAGAAGAGAUUUUAGAGAACUUAGUCAAGCUAUUCAGCCUGAUGGACCCUAACUCUCCUGAGAGGGUGGCCUUUGUGUCCCGGGCAAUCAAGUGGUCCACCGGGGGGUCUGGUAAGCUGGGACACCCCAAGCUGCACCAGCUGCUGGCUCUGACCUUAUGGAAAGAACAAAAUUACAGCGAAUCACGCUACCACUUCUUGCACUCGUCCGACGGCGAGGGGUGCGCCCAGAUGCUUGUGGAGUACUCGGCAUCACGGGGUUUCCGCAGCGAGGUGGACAUGUUCGUGGCUCAGGCUGUCUUGCAGUUCCUCUGUCUGAAAAACAAGAACAGUGCAUCUGUGGUAUUCACCACAUAUACACAGAAGCACCCGUCCAUUGAGGGGGGGCCUCCAUUUGUGCAGCCGCUGCUCAACUUCAUCUGGUUCCUGCUGCUGGCCGUGGACGGGGGCAAGUUAACAGUUUUCACAGUGUUAUGUGAGCAGUAUCAGCCAUCUCUGAAGAGGGACCCGAUGUACAACGAGUACCUGGACAGAAUAGGACAACUGUUCUUUGGUGUGCCACCCAAACAGUCCUCGUCCUACGGGGGUUUGCUAGGCAACCUGCUGAACAGCCUGAUGGGCUCAGGUGAGGAAGAGGAGGGUGAAGAGGCACAGGAAGAUGGCAGUCCCAUCGAGUUGGAUUGAGGGACUGGUAGGAGGUGUGGCGGAACCAGGCGGGCGCUGAGUUCCAAACAGCGGCUCGAUGGACAGCACCCCCAGGCCCAGCACACUACACCUGAACCAGAACAAACGGCCGUGACCAACCAGUCUUCUCAGCGCCACCUGGACUGCAUCAAAACUGCAAGCUCUAAACAGUUUUCCGUUCGUUUAAUUUAAGUAUUUAAUUUUUAUUUUUCAGAAGGGGCAAGGGAAUUACUUUUUCUGCAGUUUUCAGAUUUUUUUUUUUGUGUUGUUUUUGUUUUCUGAAAAGUGGUAAAAGGUCAGUUUUGCUUUGGACUUUCUCCCCCGACACGUCCAGAUGGACAGAGGUACGUCAUCCCAACGGUCUCACACACACAAACUGCCAUUUGUAGCGAUACCAGCUCUGGGCGCACUUGUUGAUGUUGGAGGAGGAGGAGACCGUGACCAGAAGCUCCCAUUUUGUGCCCUUCUGCCAUUGUUGUGGGCAAGUUUCCCCAAUACUGUUAACAGUAACAAUACCUUCCGUUUAAAAUGCACGCUGGGUGUGUGUCUGAAUUGAGUUGUGGCAGAGUUAAGAUGGGCCUCGCAACUGUGAAGAUGAGUGGGCAUGUGUGUUUAUGUGAGUGUGUGUGUGUGGGGCGCUCGGCUUCCAGUGCAAGCCAUUGCCGAUGUUGCUGCUAGCUUGUGCUUGUCCUCGUACUUUAGUCACCGUCCUCUGAACGUUUUCUGUUAGAGUAACUGAAUGUUUAUUUCCUUUUCCCCCCUCCAGAACGUGGUGACCUGGGGCAAUUGAUAAAAAAAUAAAUGGCUAAAAAUGUACAAACCAA